AACAAAAUGAGAGAGUAGAUGAAUAUUCUGCAAGGUUUAAACGACUAUUGGCCAAAGUAGACCCUGCUAAAGUAUUACCAGAAGAAUAUACUACUCGAAUGUAUAUUUCCAGUUUAGAAGAAGAAAUUGCUAUGUUGGUUGUAUUAGAAAAUACUAAUAUAUUGGCUGACGUCAUGAAGAAUGCAACUAAAGUCGAAGCAGGAAGAUACUAUUGUUAUGCGUGA